CUCCAGCUUUUCGUAGACUUGAACUACCAACCACUCCGCCAUUAAAUGGCAAUCAUUUCACGGACUAGACAUAUACUGCAAUGGCAAACACAGAACCGCCAUUAAGAGCAGAAUCUUCGUUUGUUGUUCCCUUCAAAAAUCAUCCGCAUAACCACUAACAACAUCCCAGACUAUCAUUUACCCAAGGCUUCGUCCUCGGCCAAUUAUCCAUCGUCAUCAUCCUAGGAGCCUUCAUAAAAUUCUUCAUCUUCGGCGACCCCCCCUCCCCCGAUGUCACAGCCGCCGUACGCGCCACGGAGCGUCGUUCCCUAACUCUGGCCCAUAAACGCUCCCUCCUCUCCCUGCGAUCGACUCGCCAUCCCCCACAACCCCUCAAUAAAAAGCGAUCGCAGAUUCUCAGGAAUCCCCCUCCGCUGACGACGAAUGCGAUCCUCUCCAAGACAUAUUACAACGUUGAUUCCCACCAGCCCGAGAGUUUGGAUUGGUUCAACGUCCUGGUUGCGCAGACGAUCGCGCAGUUUCGAAGUGAUGCCCAACACGACGAUCGGAUCCUUACGAGUCUCACGACGGCGUUGAAUGGAGAUAAACGGCCUGAUUUCCUGAGCGAGAUCAAGGUUACGGAAAUCAGUCUAGGCGAGGACUUUCCCAUUUUUAGUAAUUGUCGUGUUAUUCCCGUGGACGAGGAUGGACUGAGUCUCGGGCCUGGACUACGGGCCGAAAGAGGGGAACCAGGACGUCUGCAGGCGAGGAUGGAUGUCGAUCUGAGUGAUUUCAUCACGUUGGCGCUGGAGACGAAGUUGUUGCUUAAUUAUCCCAAGGCUGGGAUUGCGGUCUUGCCUGUUGCGUUGGCGGUUAGUGUUGUGCGAUUUAGCGGGACGCUGUCGAUCUCUUUCAUCCCUGGGAGUCCGGACACAGCCACGACACUAGCCUUCUCCUUUCUAGAUGACUACCGCCUCGACCUCUCGAUCCGUUCCCUCGUCGGCUCCCGCUCCCGUCUUCAAGACGUCCCUAAAAUCGCCUCGCUUGUGGAAGCGAGAUUACAUACCUGGUUCGAUGAGCGCUGUGUGGAGCCGCGCUUCCAACAGAUUGAACUUCCUAGUGUCUGGCCCCGGAAGAAGAAUACUCGCGGCGAGGCGCCGGGCGAACGACCGGGUGAACCGGUGGGUGUUGCGGGCUCGAAGGGGAAGGAGGUCCAGCGGGAUUUGAGGGAGGAGGCGAGGAGGGAGGUGGAGGCGGAGGAGAGGGCGAAGAAUGAUCUCGAGGAGUUGGAGAGGAUUGAGGAGGAGGGGUUGAGGUGGAGGAGGAGGGCGAGGGGAGAGGAUCUGAGUUAUAGUAUGCCGGGUAGUAUGCCGGGGUUGAAUAUGACUUGA